AUGACAAAUCAAAGCAGAAAAAAUGAUCACUCUAAAAGUAAUGAAAAGAAAUCUAAAUUAACUCUUACAAAUGAACCUGAUGUUUUUAUAAAUUUAGCACAUAAAAUCUACGAUGAAUCGAUUACAAAUCAUGAACGGAUUGCAGAAGCGAUUACAUCUGAAAUACAGAAAAUAAGAUUACACGCAAUUUCAACUAUAUAUAUUUGUUCGUCCAGAAAUAAGACUGUAUUGAACGAUGAACGUUUGAAACAAAUUCAACAUCAUCAAACUGAUGAUGAUGAUAUUGACUUUAAAAAAAUUAUUGUAAAAAUAUUAGGUACUUUAGCAGAUCGUGAUAAUAUUGAUUAUAAGAAAUUUUUUACAACUUGUUUAGAACAUAUAGAGAAAAAUAUUAUUGUAGAAGAUUCAAUAUCAUAUAUCUAUCAACAGAGUACAGAUGAGACAAGAUGUCAAGAAUUAUUUAAUGAAAAUAUUAUCUGCAGAAUAAUUGGUUUAUUAGAGAACAUUUAUUUAAGUGAACAGACAAAACUACAUAUUUGUAUGAUAAUUAAUAAUUAUCUUGAACAUAGUUCUAGUAAAGCUUUGAAUGAGAGUCAAUUACAAAUAUUUGCUCAUGUAUUAAAUAAUUUGCCUUAUAAUUUUGAAUUAAAACUCGAAGCAUUACGAUCAAUAAUACUGACUGCCGUUAAAAAUCGACAUUUACCAGAUUUUAUUAUUCAAACUCUAAUUAAAAAUAUUGACAAAGAUGAUAAUAAACUUAAUAGUCUUGCAAUUAUAGCAUUAGAUAUUGUUUCUCAGAGACAGAUCAUACCUAAUGUAGAUAAGUUGUCAACUAAAUUAUUAGUUGAUUGGAUAAUAGUGAACGAAGGAGCUGGUAUUACAUGCGAAAAAAUGUCAAGCGAUAAUGUAGAUUGUCAAUCAAUUUCAUCUUUAGCAGCUGAAAUCUUUGUAAAUACUUUAAAGAACAAUUUAAUGAUUAAUAAUCGAACUCUUGAGCAUCUUACAAAAGCACUAAAUAGUAAUGAUAAGCAGACAUGUAUUUUAUCAGCAAAAGCACUAUAUUUAGCUUCAGAAACUCAUGAACUUGGAAAUGACGUUUUAAUUGAACUGAAAGAACACAUAGAGAAUAAAAUAAAUGAUGUUAUCGUCUAUUCAACUGUUGCAUAUACUAGAGGUCUAGUGAAAUUAUCAUCCAACGAAGGGUCUAUUAUGAAAAGUCAUAUGGAAUGUUUACCAAAAAUUUAUGUAUUUGAUGAUUUACAGUUAGAUGAAGAAACCUUUGCUGAUACAGUAAAUAACAAUAUCUUAUCUGUUUUGCUUAAUGUAUCUAAACAUAAUCUAUUCGAUGAUCAUAUGUUUGUAAUAUUUAAUCAUAUUUUAUCGUUUGAAAGUUGUAAUCAAGUUGUAGCAAUUAAGAUACUUUAUAACUAUUCAGCAAAUAAAUAUUCGAUUCCACAAGAUACAAUUUUAGCAUUAGAAAAUGCGAUUGAUAUACCUGAAAUUUCUCAUGAAGCUACAAAAGUAUUGAGUAAUGUAAUUAAAAAUCGACAACUUAUUAAUGAAAAAUUUUUGCGUCAUCUCACUGAUAAUCUUUAUUUAUCGAACGAUGAUCAAUUAAGAAAAGAAUCAUUUGAACUGUUAGAUAUAGCCAAUGAUAAUCAAGACAUAUCUGAUGAAUUUUUUUAUAUAUUAGAAUUAGAAAGGGCUAUUAGUAUUAUUAAUUCUUUUUCAUUAGACAGGAAUGAUGCUAUGUCUUAUCUAUACGAAAUGACAGAACAAAAUCAAAAAAUAACACUUAACGGAUUUAAAAUAUUAGAUAAAAUAAUGAGUAGUCAAUUUGUAUUCGAUGAAAAAAUUUUCGGAAUUUUGUUGAAUACUUGUAAAAAUGAACAAUCGAUACCUGAUAAUUUAAUUAAUAAAUUAGUAGAAAGAUUCAAUCCUCGACAAAUUAAUUGUCAGUUAAUUGAUAUAUUUCAAAAUUUAGUUAAAAAUAAUCAAAAUAUUCCAACUAAACUUUUAUCUAAAUUAGAGAAAGCAUUAGAAAAUACAUUGAUUUCAGAUCAAGUAUUAUCGAUUUUUGUACUUCUUGCACUAAAAGGUCAAUAUUUAUCAGAAAAUAUACUCACAAAAAUUUUAGAUAAAAUUUUAGUUUUAGAAAAUUCAUUGAUUAUUGAACAGUAUUUAUCUGUUAUUUUUUCAUUGAUUCAAAACAAAGAUUAUUUUAAAAAAAAUUUUUUAAGUUCUCUUUUUACAUUUUUUACACGAUUUUCAACUAAUGAUAUUAGCUUAGUUUCACGUAUUCAAUCAGUUUUGAUCCAUAUAUUAAAAGGAAAUAAUCAAAAUGUGAUUCGUGCAAGUCUUAAUGGAUUGAAAAUACUUGUGACAUUUCACAAAGUUAAACUUAAUCAGAAAAGUACAGAUAUAUUAUUAGAUCUAGCAGGAAAUACUAUUUGUGAUGAAACUAUGAAAAAUGAUAUUAAUGUACUAUUAAAUAUAUCGAAAUUAGAUAAUAGUCAACAAUGCAAAAUGAAAUUGUUAAGAUUAAAGUAUAAAUCGAAUGAUGAAUUACUUGAAGCGUUAGCAAAAUUUUCUAAACCGAAAUUAUUUCAACAAAACUUUGAUCAAUUGAACAAUAUUAUUAAUAAUUCCUCAGAACUAAAUGAAAAAGUAUUGAAAAUUUUACUUGAAUGUUCUAAUAAAGACAAAAUAACGGAUACAUUAUUAUAUAGUAUUAUUUUUUUAAUGAAUAGUACGAACUCGAAAGAAAUGAGAUCAUUAUGCAGAGAUUUAAUAAUUGAAACAAUUAGAGCAGGAAAAAUAGUUUCAAAUAAAAUCAUAUCUUGUAUUGUUACUCAAAAUGAUGUAUUAAAAUUGAUUGCUAAAAAACAACCGAUUCCAGAAAAAUUUCAACAUCAUUUAAAUUUAUUUUCACGUAUUGUUAGUAUAGAUAAUAUUGACCUAAAAGAUUUUAGUGAAUUUCUAGAAAAUAUUCGACAUGAGUUUAAUCAAGAUUAUAAAUUAUCUGAUCUAUCGAUGUCAAAAUUGCUUUCCAUUCAAAUUACUAAUAAUGACUAUGAUAUUUGCAUGAAGUUAGAACAAGAAUUGUUUCAUAUAUUUGUAUUGAUCUUAAAACAUAAUCCGACAUAUUCUUCACAACUAUCGAUUGUUAAUAGAUUAGAAAAGGCAAUUUUAUUUGAAAAUAUAAACAAAAAUAUUCUCAUGACCUAUCAAGAAGUUAUUAAAAUGAAACAGUAUCAAACAAAUAAUUUAUCGAAAAUCUUAGAUAGUUUAGUAGAUUUAUUAGAUAGUAAUAAAUUUCUAAAUGUUGAAGUUGAAUUACUGACAUGUAUUGCUCUGAUAUCUGAAGUUAUGGGUAUAUCAAAGAACGAGACUUUAGAAAAAUAUCUUUCAAACGAUAAUGACAGAAUAAGAAGUUGGUCCUUUAGAGGUCUAAGAGUAGCAUAUGACAGGAAUGAUAAGUCUAAGAUAUUUGAAGAAUGGUGCAAUAACAUCAUGAUCAAUCUGGAAUUUCAUACAAGGGUUAAGGUAGUCAUGGAUUUAGAUUUAUUUGAAACGAUUAGUACAAUAAAAUAUAUAGAUUUUAACAAAAUUUAUAAUAAACCACAAAAUCAAUGGAAUAGAGAAUUGUUAAUUUUUGAUUUGUUAGAAAGAUUUACAUUAAAUCAAAUAGAACAAUUUGAUUUUUAUAAAACUUGGCUUGAAAUUGAAGAAUAUACUGGAUUUCAACAAGAUCAAAGUGAUAUAUUACUUAAAUUAUUACAUCGAAUUCAGUUAAAUAAUAUGAUUUCAUUUAAUCAAUGUAAUGAACUUAUAAGAAUUUUAAAGAACAUUGAUUUUGAAAGUAUUUAUAAUAUCCUAUCGAAUAGUUCAAAUCCAUACGAGGAUAUUCUCAAAAAAUUUUUCAAAGAUCUAAUUUUUGAACGUUUAUCAAAUAAAGAAAUAAAUAAAAAAUAUAUCGAUAAUUUAGUACGUAAAAUGAUUAUAAAAUUUAGUUUUGAUAUAAGUAAAAAACUUCUGAAUACAAUACAUAUAAUAGACGAUUUAAGAGAAUUUGAAGAGUUUUUAGAUUUUGUCGAAGAAAAUAAAAUUAAGAUAUUCGAUAUAAAUGUUCAAUAUAAAAAUAUUUCAACAUUGAAAAGAUCAUUUGAACUGCAAUCUUUGAAUAAUCAAAUCGUAAAUGUUGAUCAUAGAAAAUUAACUUUGAUUCUUAGUAAUUUAUUAGAUAGUCAAUGGUCUUUUGAACAAUUGAAUAUGAUUUUUAAAAAUCUUAUCGCUCUGAAUAAUGAAGAGAAACGAAUCAAAGAAAUAAAUUUUCUUUAUGUCCUAGAAAUACUAUCGCAAUAUAGUGUAAUUCCAACAGUAGAAAAUCUAGAAAAGAUAUCAGAAGCUCUCAAAGAAUCAGCACAGAAUUGGCAACGAUUGAUAAAUAUAAUUGCAGUUGAAGCUAAAUUUCGCGAUAUAGGUCAAUUAAGAAAUGUAACAGAAUUAAUAGAAGAAUUUGAAAAAACUAAUUCUCAAAAUAAAAACUUGAUAAAAUUAGUAGAUUUAAUAAAUAAUAUCAAGAGUACUAAUUUAAUUUCUAAAAUUGUCAAUCAAACUAUGGGUUAUAGAAUUGAUGAAAAAUUGAAAAAGAGAAGACAAGUCUAUAUCUCUGAAUGGACUAAAGAUGAAAUUCAAGAAUGGGCAAAAACAAUAAAAAAUAAUGUCUCUUCGUGUAAAAUUACAGACGAUUUUAUUGUAGAAACUUUAGCCAUAAUAAAACGAGCUUAUCUCUUAGACAGUGGUUUUCAUUUGACUGAUGCUCAAAUUUUAAGUUGUAUAAUUCUUUUAAAAGCAAAUACCGACAAAGGAAUGCUAUUACAAGUAGGAACUGGUGAAGGUAAAUCAACAAUUAUAGCUGUAUUAGCAGUAAUACAUGCAUUAAAAGGAAAUAAAGUUGAUGUUAUUACUAGUUCACCUGUACUCGCAGAAAGAGAUGCAAAAGAAAAGGAAAAUUUCUACAACAUGUUUAAUCUACAAUGUAGUGAUAAUAGUGAUAAAACAAUUUAUUGGACAGGUCCUAAAUCUUGUUAUAAGAGUGAAAUAGUUUAUGGUGAAGUAGCACAAUUUCAAUUUGAUACUCUAAGAACAGAAUAUAGUCAACUUAAUACAUUGGGAAAUAGAAAAUUUGAAGUUGCUAUAGUAGAUGAAGUAGAUAGUAUGCUUAUUGAUGAUAGUUCAAAAAUUGCAAGACUUGCAACUAUCAUUCCAGGAAUAGAUCAAUUACAACUAAUAUACUACACAAUAUGGUAUCGACUUAUUUAUUUGCAAGAUAGAAUGCUUGAAAUUAAUAACAAAAUUUAUUUAUUUCAUGGAAAAAUUAGUUUUGAACAAGAGAAAAUCAUUCUAGAAUAUAUUGAUGAACAACAAGGAAAUAUUAUUAAAAUUCCUGAUUUAAAAAUCUACAUAGAAUCUAUUUCGAAUAUUAGUCAUAUUGGAAUAUUAAUUUCAGAAAAUAUUGAAGUUGAAACAUUUAUUAAAAAAGAUAUAGAAAAUUACAUUAGAGAUUUACUUAAUAGAUUAACUAUUAUACCAAAAAGUUUUGAAGAAUUUGUUGAUACACAAAUGUGUAAAUGGAUAGAUAAUGCUAUGAUUGCAUUAAAUUAUCAGGAAAAUGUACACUAUGUCGUACAUCAAGGUUUAAUUAAACCAGUAGACUACGCUAGUACAGGUAUUGUUCAGAGUUUUUCACAUUGGGGUGAUGGUCUCCAUCAAUUUUUGCAACUAAAACAUAAUCUAAGAAUGACGUCUGAAACUUUUACUACGAAUUUUCUAUCGAAUAAAGGAUUUUUCAUAAAAUAUGGUUCGAAUUUAUUUGGUCUUACGGGAACACUUGGUUCCGAAAAAGCUAAGCAAGUCUUAGCCGAUAUAUAUAAUGUAAAUCUGGGUAUUAUUCCCAGUAUGCGUCAAAAACAGUAUCUUUCAUUACCUGAUCUCGUAUUAACUAAUGAAGUUGAUUGGCUUAAUGAAAUAUGUCGUUCGGCAAUUAAUGAAUCGAGAAAAGAACGAGGAAUACUUGUUAUAUGUGAGACAAUCGAAUAUAGUACACAAAUAGUAGAAAAACUCCAACGAGAAUACAGUUCAGGUACGAUAAAAUUAUAUACGAUGAAUAAUAUGAAUCAAGAGAAACAUAUUGAAAAAAUAUAUCCGAGAGAAAUUAUUGUAGCUACGAAUUUAGCAGCUCGAGGUAAUGAUAUAAAAACAGAUAACAUUAAAAAAUAUGGUGGUCUUCAUGUUAUUAUUACAUUUAUGCCACCGAAUAAACGUGUUGAAGAACAAGCAUUUGGUAGAACUGCACGACAAGGUAAACGUGGUACAGGUCAAAGAAUAAUAAAUGCUUCUAGUUUAGCUCAUUAUGAAAAUUUCAACAUACAAAAAAUCACCGAACUACGAGACAGCAUUGAGACAAACAUUUUAGAUGAUUUUCAAAAGCGUGAACUUAAAAUAAUUACUUUAAAAGAUGAACUUUUUACCAAGUUUUGUUUGUUGUUAAAUGAAAUAAGACAAAAAAUUAGAGAUAAAAGUAGUUUAUAUGUAAAAGUAAAAAGUCAAGCGAAGAAAAUAUUGACAAAAAUUUCACCGUCUAUUCUUGAGUCUAAUAUACUUCUCAGCAUUGAAGAACAAUGGGCUAUGUUUUUACGUGAAAUAGAUAAUCAAAUAUCUCCAAUUGAUAAUGAAAUAUUUUAUGAACGAUUUGAAAAAUUUAGUAAAAACAUCCGAAAAAAUUACGAAAAUGAUUGUAUUAUUAAAAAUCCUUAUUGUCACAUUGCCAUUGCUAAUGACUUAGUCAUUAAUGAGUCUUCCCUACGCAGAAAUUAUGAUGAUGCGAUGAAACAUUUUGAUCUAGCUAUAGAACUUGAUCCAAAACAUACUGCAGCUGCAUUUGCUGGAAAAGGUUGGUUAACAUUGAAAGGUAAAGAAAAUUUUUUUGGUUCCAAUAAACAAUCUAUAGGUUAUAAAGAGGCAGCUAUUCGAUUAUUUAACAAAGCACUUGAAAUUCUUAGUGAAGAAAUAUCAACAUUGACAGUUAUUCAAUCAUUUCUAAAACAUCGUUGUCAGAAUAUGAAUACGGAUCUUAGUAAACAAUUAAUGCAAAAGAAUAAUAUUCUUAGUUCUUAUUGUAAUAGUUUAGAAAAUGCUGUAAAUAUUAUUAAGAAAUCGCAAAGAUUAAUUCAAAUAACUGAAUUAAUAGAUUACUCAAAGUUAAGAGAAAAUGAAAUUAAUAGUAAAUCUUUUACGAAAAAAGACUUAGUAAAUUUCCAAAGCGAAAUCUCUCAAAAGAUAAUUUCAUAUGAUGGAAUUGAAAAAGGAUGUGGAAAAUGGUGCGAUGUGCGUUUAAUAUCUCAUAAUAAUCUAAAUCAUUAUAAGACAUCAAUUCAAAAUGGUAAAGAAAUUAUAGUUAUGAAAGGAAUACAUAAUACAUUUACAGUUGUUUAUAAAGACAAAAUUCAAUGUCGAUUAAGGGAAUGGAUAGUGGACGAUUCUACAUUGGCUAAUGUACUUGCAGCUUUAUCGUAUGAUGAAACAAUUCUUGAUCGAGAUAUUCAUAUGAAAAUUUAUACUUUAAUUUAUGAGAAACUUACAUCAAAAAAUGGUCAUAUUCGAGAAGAAUUUCUAGUAUUUCUUCAAGAGUCAACAGAUCAUAAUCAAUACGAAGUAACAUUUAAUGAUUUAACUGUUAGACAAGAUAGUAAAAUCAAAGAUCAAGCAAUAGAAAUUAUCGAUAAGAUAUUACCUCAAGAUGAAGGUAGUUUGUUUGAUAUCAAUGGUGAAUUUUCAUUUUUCAAUAAAGUUCCAAAUUUUUUAAAGAAAAGUGGAAUUUUGGAACAUGAUUAUGAACAUAUAAAUAUAACUAUGCAACAGGUUAAGGCAGAUAAAUUAAGAGAAUAUCUAAAUCCUAAUAUUGAAGUUAAAGACUUGACGAAAGAAGAAGCUCUAACACAAUUGAAAGAGAAGAAUUUUUUUUUCAAUCGGUAUUUAUUACCACAAGCUUGCUUUGUCGAUUUAUACCGAAUUAAUUUAGAAAUUAUUUCCGAGAAUAACAAUAAACUCGAGAACAUGGCUGAUCUAAAGGCCACUGUCGCAAUUAAACGAAUCGAAGAACGAAUAGAUCAAAAUGAACGGUUCAAUUUGAGUUUUAUAUCCGCUAAUAAAACAGCAAAAAUCUUAGAAAAAGUACUAUAUCGUUCAAAUAUAACAGUCGAAUUCAUUGAUUUAGGAGUAGAGAGUGUUAGAGAAAAGUUAAGAACGAUAGUAUCUAGAUCUCUUACUCUUGAACUCACCAACACAAAAGAAACAUUAUUAGAAGUUAUUCGUUCCUUAACAACGGAGCAGAUACAGUUGUAUAAUCGUGUAAAAGAACAAAGUAUUAUUGAAGUAGUAAAUAGGAUUACAGCUGAGAAAAAAAUUUUAGAAAUUUCAAAUACAUUUGCGACUAUAAAACUAAUUGAUAUAAAUAAAAGUAUUGUAGAAAAUGUACUUAAUAUUUGUUCUAAUGCGAAUUUUAAUAUAACUUUUAUUAAUAUAAAAAAUAGUUGUCUUUUGAUUGGAUUAAAAGAUGAACUUAUAAAUGUAAAAAUCGAUAUGUUAAGAAAAAACGCGGCAAAAACUAUUAUUGAACAGAUAAGAAAACAUAAAUUAGAAUUUAGUUUAGUAUUUUCACAACUGACAUGUAAUCAAGUGAAACAAAUAAUAGAAUUAGCUCCAAUAGAACAAGAGAACAUAGAAGUUCAGCAAUUUAGAACUUUGAGUGAAUUAUUCAUGAGUCAACUACGACCUAAUGUAGAAUUAGCUGAAUUUUCUGGACGAGGUAUCGAAUAUUUGAUUGAAAUUAAUGAAAAAAAAUUUAUUCCAUGGACAAGUAUAGCUAUCAUAUGUUCUCUAGCUAGUGUUCAAAUGGCAGUAGGUGGACUAUUAAUAGCUAGUGGAUUUGGAGCUACUUUAGGAAUGAGUCUUGUCACUGAAGGAGGAGCAGAUUUGUUUAUUGCUUACAGAGUAUAUAGUACGAGACAAUUUUCUUGGUCCGAUUUUGCCAAACAAAAAGCAGUAAGUCUAAUUAUUUCAAUAGCUUCAAUAGGACUCUCACCACUCAAAGAUGCAGCUAAAGGAGCUCAAAACUUAGUCGUGGGUGUAGGAGAAGAAGUACUUGAACAAGCUGGUACAAGAGUAAUAACAAAUGGUAGGUCUGUAUACCAAACAUUGAAUGUAGCCAGGAAAAAUUUGAAUAGUCUAGCUGUUAAGCUUAUCGCCGUAACAAUUCAGAAAAAUAUUAUAAGAGAAUGUUUAAGUAAAUCAAUGGAUGUUAGUUCGCAUUUUUUAUUGAAUCAAUGGAAGCCGAAAGUUUCGGAAUCCAUACAAAGGGAAGUUUAUACGAAAUUUUGUGGAUCUAUUUUAAAAACGAUAGUGAAUAAAAUGUAUACACUUGAUUUAUUUACUAAAAAAACAUAUUUUAAAGAAAAACUUCAUAAAAUACUAUUUGAAAUAAUUAAUCCUGAAGAUAACGUAUGGAGUAAUGAAUUUGACGUCUUGGCUGAUGUAUUAUGCAAACGUAUUUUAUCUAGUAUGUCGAUAACACGUAGUUUCGCAAAUAUUGGUAACAUAAUACUUUGUAAUCUGAGACAAUUUCGUGAAAUUAUUUUUAUUGUCGAUAGGGUUUAUAAUCAACUUUUAAAAAAACUUUCGAAUAUCGAUCAAGAAACUUUAACCAUGCGCCAUAUUUUACAACGUUAUUGUGAAGUUGAUGGAAAUGAUGUCACAAAUAUCAUAAAUAUUCUACAAGAGCAAAAUAUAAUCAAUCAAAAUGAAGAGUUUAACGAAGAAAAUUUUUCCGAAGAAAUUAUUCGUACUCAUUUGAAUCAAUUCAAUGAAUCGAAAGAGAAAAUUGUAAAUGUUUUGAAAUUCUUGUAUUCAAAUAUUUCAAAUAUAGAUAAUUUAAAUGAAAUAAUGAAAUUAGUAUCAGAUAUAAUUACUGAACAAAUAUUCAGAAUUACAGAAUCACAACUUAUCUUGCCUUUGAAUAGUUGUGCUACAGGAAACUUAACAAAUAUUUUUUCAGAAACAGUCGAACGGUAUUUAGUUGUAGACGAAAAACAAAAUUCACUUAGUCAAAACCGAGAAGAAAACAGUAGAACAUAUAAUACCAUAAGAGAACAAAUUGGGCAAAAUGCUAAAGAUUAUACUAUCGCAUAUAGCCAAUGUGAAAUGAUUCAUUAUACUAAGCAAAGAGAUGAAAUAAAUAGUCAAAAAUUCGAUGAGAAAAUAAGUGAUUAUAUUACAGGUGUCAAAAUGAAUCUACCAGCAAAUAUAUCGGACAUACUUACAUUAGCCGAAAAGCAUGGCUUAGAACUAAAAUUAGUUGAUGAUCCUAGUUAUGAACCAACACACGAAGAUAAAACUAAAUGUACAAGCAUAGUACUAUACAAUAAAAGAGACCGAGAUAAUCAGGAAAAUGUUAAAGUAGGAUAUUUUGAAUUAAUGUCAAACGAUACGAACGAAUAUAAUAUUUCCAAUACAAAUAAUGAUUCUGCUUAUACGGUUAUUCAACAAAUAUUAAAAAGAAAAGGAAUAUGCAUAACUAUUGAAGCACUUCGUCACGAUAGAGCUAAAAUAAUAGAGGAUAAUCCUCAUCAGUUUUCCAUAGCAUUAAGAGCACAAGAAUGGAUUGAAAAUCAUUAUCCUCAAGAGAUGAAUGAUUUAUUAAUCAUAAGAUCAGACAAAAGUUCGAGGUUGUCGAACAAUGAAAAUCUCAUAGUUGUUUGCUCAUUAAGAUCCAAUUCACUUGACUUAAGCUGA